GUCUCAUCCCCCCAACACAAAUUAUUAUUCUUCUUACAACCAAAAAUAUUACCUGCCUCCCCGAAAUUCCUUUAAUCCUGGCGCUGUUAUUAUGUUCUCAUGACUACUUUUACACAAAAUGUCUUUUCAAUUCUCUCACACUUAAGUCCCCCUCUCCCUCCUUAAAUCUCUCAGCGUUCUUCUUUCAACUGCACUCUAAAACCUUCAUUCUCUCUAAGAGAUUAUUAAAUUAAAAUGAGUGCUCAAGGAAAAGAUAUGGCCGCCAAAAAUUUGCAGAAAAGCUACUUUGAUGUGUUGGGCCUCUGUUGCUCAUCGGAGGUUCCUCUGGUUGAAAACAUCCUCAAGUCCCUUGAUGGUGUUAAAGAGGUUUCAGUCGUCGUCCCAACCAAAACAGUCAUCGUCGUCCAUGAUAGUCUCAUCAUUUCUCAGCUUCAAAUCGUGAAGGCUCUGAAUCGAGCAAGAUUAGAGGCACAUGUGAGAGCAUGUGGAGGGAAAAAUUACAAGAAAAAAUGGCCAAGUCCAUAUGCAGUUGCUUGUGGAAUAUUGCUUGCUCUAUCAUUUUUCCAGUACCUGUGUCAUCCAUUUCGUUGGAUGGCUGUUGGAGCUGUUGCUGUUGGCAUUUGUCCCAUUAUUCUCAAAGGCUUCGCUGCUCUAAGGAAUUUGAGGCUUGAUGUCAAUAUACUUAUGCUCAUUGCAGUGAUAGGUACAAUUGCCAUGAAUGAUUAUACAGAAGCUGGAACAAUCGUCUUUCUUUUCACUAUUGCUGAAUGGCUUGAGGCUAGGGCAAGCCACAAGGCAACUGCUGUAAUGUCACAACUGACGAGCAUAGCCCCUCGAAAGGCAGUAAUAGCUGAAACUGGAGAAGAAGUUGAUGCUGGGGAGGUGAAGUUAAAUACUGUGGUCGCAGUUAAGGCAGGUGAAAUUAUACCAAUUGAUGGAAUUGUUGUAGAUGGCACCUGUGAAGUCGACGAGAAGACCUUAACUGGGGAGUCAUUUCCUGUGGCCAAGCAAAAAGAUUCCUCCGUUUGGGCCGGCACUAUCAACCAAAAUGGUUACAUUAAUGUAAAAACUACUGCUUUAGCUGAAGAUUGCGUGGUGGCUAAAAUGGCAAAACUGGUGGAAGAAGCUCAGAAUGGCAAAACUAAAGCCCAAAGGAUCAUUGACAAAUGUGCCCAGUAUUACACGCCAGCUGUAAUAAUUUUAUCAGCCUGUGUUGCGGUGAUUCCAGCUGCACUAAGAGUUAGAAACCGCAGCCACUGGUUUCAAUUAGCAUUGGUUGUUCUAGUUAGUGCAUGCCCUUGUGCUCUAAUCCUCUCAACGCCAGUUGCCACUUUCUGUGCACUUACAAAAGCUGCAACUGCUGGUCUUCUCUUCAAAAGAGUAGACUAUCUUGAAGUUCUUGCCAAAGUUAAGGUUAUGGCUUUUGACAAAACAGGAACUAUUACAAAGGGUGAAUUUGUCGUCUCUGAAUUUCAAUCUCUCAGUGAAGAUAUAAACUCAAACACUUUGAUGCAAUGGGUAUCAAGCAUUGAGAGUAAGUCAAGCCAUCCAAUGGCAGCUGCAUUGGUUGAUUAUGGAAGGUCACUCUCUCUUGAGCCAAAGCCUGAAAGCGUUGAAGACUAUCAUAAUUUUCCUGGAGAAGGAAUUUAUGGAAGGAUUGAUGGGGAAGAACUUUAUAUUGGAAACAGAAAAAUUGCACCGAGAGCAGGAUGUGAAACAGUGCCAUCUGUGGAAGGAGUUAAUAAAGAAGGAAAAACCAUUGGAUACAUAUACUUUAGAGCAUCCCUUGUUGGAAUUUUUAGUCUCUCUGAUGCAUGUCGAACCGGGGCUGCUGAAGCAGUCAAGGAGUUGAACUCUAUGGGAAUUAAAACUGCUUUGCUUACGGGAGAUAAUGAAGCAUCGGCUAUGCAGGCGCAACAACAGUUAGGAAAUUCACUGGAGGCAGUCCAUUCAGAACUUUUGCCAGAAGACAAGGUGAAAAUCAUCAAAGAGUUUAAGAAUGAAGGGCCAACUGCGAUGGUUGGAGAUGGUGUAAAUGAUGCGCCUGCAUUAGCUACUGCAGACAUUGGCAUAUCUAUGGGAAUCUCAGGUUCAGCACUAGCAACUGAGACAGGACAUGUUAUUCUAAUGUCAAAUGACAUUAGAAAAGUUCCCGCAGCCAUCAAACUCGCUAGGAAAGCUCAUUUGAAAGUAAUACAGAAUGUCAUUAUGUCGAUGUCUACGAAGGCUGCUAUCCUUGUCUUGGCCAUUGUUGGUCACCCACUUGUUUGGGCUGCAGUUCUUGCUGAUGUUGGGACAUGCCUGCUGGUGAUCCUUAAUAGCAUGCUAAUUUUGAAAGGAACUCAAACUCAUGGAGGUGAAGGAUGCAAAUCUUCUGCUAAAUCGGUUCAUCACAAACAUGGAGGAAAAUGCUGUGAAUCUUCAGCUCAAUCGGACAAUCACAAACAUGGAGGAAACUAUUGCAAAUCUUCACAUUUGCUACAUAAUCACAAACAGGGAGGAAAGUGUUGCAAAUCUUCAGAAGAAUCACAGAGUACUUAUAAGUAUAACCAGCAGCAAUGUUGCAACAGUAACAAAUCUCAGAAGGCCUGUAAGCCUAAGCAGAGCCCUUGCUGUUCCAGUAACUCCUGUGGGAGUAUUAAUCAGUGCAAAGUCCCAGCAAAGAAGCAGAAUGUGUAUAGGGGCAGUGAUGCAACGCAUAACACAAGGAAGCAUUGUGAUUCUGCAAAUUGUGGCAACAAGGAUCAUGAUCUCGAGGCCCAAAACUCCCACAUUCACGGUUGUUCAUUAGUAGAAACUCAAGAUAAGCCUGUAGAAGAUCACUGUCAGCAUGGACAUUGUGACAAUGAGUCUCAUAAACACAAUCACUGUCAUUUGGAUCACACAUGCACAGAAGAAGAUAGAAUAAUCGCAAGUCAUGGUCACUGCCACACAGUCCAGUGUAGCGAAAAUGAUGUGACCAACCACAUAGGAAAUGAAUCAGGAAAAGCAGUAGAAAGCAUUUGUGGUCAUGGACUUCACAGAAGGGUUUGUUGCAAUACCACUGCUGAUAAUGCCCUCGGAACAGUAGCCAUGAGUAGCUGCAUAAGUUUGGAGAAGAGAGAAAUAAGUGCUUCUUGCAAAAGCGACUACAUGAAGCAAUGUUGUGCUAAGCAUGGGCAUUUAGGAGCUGGGUUAGGAGGAUUAACUGAAGUUGUCACAGAAUAGAUUUAUCUAUGUAAACUUCAGUAAGCUUAUGAUCUUUACCGGUUAUCUUUUCAAAGAAAGAUUUCUUAAUUGUCUUUCAUAUUUUCGAAACUGGCCAAUCAAAAGCAAAUUAUCAGUGUGAUGUGCUAGAACAAAGAUGCUAUUAACUAAUGUGAAGUAAUUAUUAUUGCCAA